AUGGAACGAAAGAAGAACAGCCCUAUUCGGUACCCCUUCUGGUUUGGCGGGAGUGCAACUAGCAUGGCUGCAUGUGUCACGCAUCCCCUGGAUCUUGUCAAGGUCCGGUUACAAACUCGAGGCCCUGGCGAGCCAAAGAGUAUGUUUACGACUUUCACCAAGAUUCUCAAGACAGAAGGGCCCCUUGGCGUCUACAGUGGAAUAUCUGCCUCUCUUCUCCGACAGAUGACAUACUCCACCGUUCGCUUCGGUAUCUAUGAAGAGAUGAAGCAGAGAGUGGGUAAUGACGCAAGCUUCCUCUCGCUCAUCGCCAUGGCCACAUCUUCUGGGUUCGUUGGAGGCAUUGCGGGCAACUUUGCAGAUGUCCUCAACGUUCGCAUGCAAAAUGACGUGGCGCUUCCAGUCCACCAGCGCCGGAACUACAAGCAUGCCAUAGACGGAGCUGUACGGAUGGCUAGAGAAGAAGGAUUGGCGAGUUACUUUCGAGGAUGGCUUCCCAACAGCAGUCGCGCGGCGCUUACAACGGCGAGCCAACUAGCGACCUAUGACGUGGCAAAGCGGCUGCUGAUCGAACACACGCCCCUGGGUGACACGUUGACAACGCAAUUAUCGGCGUCGUUUAUUGCUGGGUUGACGGCUGCCACAGUGACGAGUCCGAUUGAUGUCAUCAAGACAAGGGUCAUGUCUUCGACGGGUGAUGUUGGUGUUUGGGAGAUGGUGAAGAGUAUAUCUCGGAGUGAUGGCCCAGCGUGGGUAUUCAAGGGAUGGGUUCCUAGCUUUCUGCGUCAGGGGCCGUGA